AAAAUGUUAACGUGCUUAACUUCAUUGUUCAUAUCAGUGGGCUUAGUAUUAACCUUUCGAUUCAUCAAUAAAAAAUACAAGCCACCAAUACUUGGAAUUUAUCAGCAGAGAAACAAAACUUAUUGGUUUAAAUUUUUAUUUAUGUUUACUAUUUUAAGUGCGAAACAGGUAAUAGCUUAUGUGAAAAAACUUAUAGCUAUAUAUUCAGGUAAUGCUAGUGGAACGAUACGUGUCCAAGAAUAUGAGGCUAACUUAGAACAAAAAUAUGAUUUGGGUAGUCACGAGAAGUCAAUAGAUGGCGUUUAUUUUAAUGGAAUAUCUGAGAAUGGACAGGCAAUAGUUUGUGGACUAGCAAGAAGGCCGAAUCAAAUUUGCGACUCAUUCUUAUAUUUAAAGAUAAAAAAUGAAGACCUUCUCUUAUCCCCUGAACUUCCUGAUACUUAUUUGAAGCAAUCUGAUGAUGAUAAAGAUGAAUACAGUGUACAAGGGAUUCGCAUUCAAAACUUCGUACCGAUGCGAGCUUGGAAUUUAUGUUAUGAUGGGGAAAUGAAAUCAAGAAAUAAUCCUAGCAAAAGAAUAAAAGUGUCAGCUAAUCUCACUUGGAGCGCCAUUUGGGCUCAUUUCGAAUACGACACCCAAAUGUCGCCAAUGAGUGUCGCAGACGACAUGGCGAGGGAACCUUGGUCUACAGAUUAUUUCAAAAUUGUUAAAAGACUUCACCAAACACAUUAUGAACAAAUGGGAUAUAUAGCCGGUACUGUGACCAUCGACGGUGAAACAUUCAAUUUGGAUAUGCCUUGUGUCAGAGACAGAAGUUUUGGGCCGUGUCGAGAUUGGCGUAACUUCCACCGCUACGUUUAUCAUUUUAUGUUUCUUGAAAACGGAGACUGUAUGGCUAUAGGAAGUGUUUCACAGCCCGCUAUUCUAUCACAUCUGACUAUUGGAUACCUGUGUAAGAAGGUGGAUGAAAGUGUAGUUGCAGUAGAUUCAUCCGAUUAUCAACUUUAUCAACACGCUGAAAAUCAAAUUCUUCCAAAGGAUUAUGGUUUUACAUUUUCCGCCGGAGGGAAAUCCUAUAGUGUACAGGUUAAAGUGUACGAUGAAGAUUACUUUUACAUUGGGAAAGAUAAAGAAGCGAAGUUCUAUGAAAGAUGGAGUAACGUAGAAGUAAACGGUGUUAAAGGAAAAGCUUGUGUGGAAUGGCAUUAUAAUAAUGUUCGGAAAUAAAUGUAAAUGUAUUUAAAAUUAAAUAUUUUGUAAUGUU